AUGAUCACCCUCUCAUUGAAGGGCAGCCCACUGCCAUCGAUGAUGAUCCACUCCGCGCCACUCCACAGCCUGUUCCCGUUGUGCCCACGACCUUCUCGACACCAGCGGCCACCUCUCACAAUCAUGGCAGCUCACCCUCGCCCCUGUCAUCAGCUCACGGCAAUGAGGCCAUGGAUAACCCCCAGCCUUCGCCACCUCACUCUCCAGCAGCGCCUACCUCCCCAACAGCGCCUCACUCCUCAUCGCUGCCGGAGGCACCCAGCUCCGUUCCAAGCCCAUCCUCGCCUGCUCCACUUCGUCGCAGCACGCGUGAGACUCGCCCCUCCGUCCGUCUCGAUGCUCCUGGAUCAAGAAGAACAUAUAGCCAACCUAGCCGGCCAGUUCACCCUUCUCAUAAUCCCACAGCUCUUCUCUCUCGGAGUGAUAUUCCUGACCCAGAAGUUCCUGCAGGCGCAGAGCAAGGUCACUGCUCUGGCCUGGAUCUCACUCGCGGCCCUGAUCAUACAGAUCCCUCUUCUCUGGAUCCUCGUCUUCUGGUUCGAUUGGGGUACAACCGGAGCGGCUCUGGCCUACGACAUAACCAGCUGGUGCGUGGCCAUAGCCCAAGUGGUUUAUGUAAUUGGUUGGUGCAAGGAAGGGUGGACCGGGCUGUCGUGGUUGACGUUCGACGACAUUUGGGGGUUUGUCAGGCUCUCGUUGGCCACUGCUGUCAUACUAGCACUAGAGAUUUGGUACUUCAUGGGUGUCAUUGUGAUUACGGGCCAUCUCGACAAUGUUGUCACUGCCGUUGGCUCCCUUUCCAUAUGUAUGAAUUUCAAUGGAUGGGAAGCUACGGUGUUAAUUGGUAUAAACAUAGCUAUAAGCGUUCGAGUAUCGAAUGAGCUAGGAGCAGGGCAUCCCAGAGCAGCAAAAUACGCGGUCUACAUCGGUCGUGUUUCAAUCCUUCCUAAUCAGGGGAUAUGGGGAGGGAUGAUUGCAGGUACGGCGUUGCAGACUCUGAUACUCUUGUUCAUCCUCUACAGAACCAACUGGAACAAAGAGCCUCUUCUUGCCUUUUCUAGCUGUCCCACCGCUCCCGUCAUGGAGGCGCCGCUGCUCGCCGACGUCCUCUCCGCCGCCGGCAAGGAUGGCGACUACGCCGCGGUCAGGACUUGGCCGGAGCUGCGGUCGGUGUUCUGGACGGAGACGCAGAAGCUGUGGAAGAUUGCCGGGCCGAUUGCCUUCAACACGGUGUGCCAGUUCGGGCUCAACUCCGUCACGGUCAUGUUCGUCGGGCACAUCGGCGACGUCGAGCUCUCCGGCGUGUCCAUUUCACUCUCGGUCAUCGGCACUUUCGUCUUCGGAUUCUUGUUGGGCAUGGGCAGCGCGUUGGAGACGCUGUGCGGUCAAGCUUUCGGAGCCGGACAAGUUCACAUGCUAGGCAUCUACAUGCAAAGAUCAUGGAUCAUCCUCUUAGUCUCCUGUCUCUUCCUCCUCCCCAUCUUCUUCUUCGCCUCUCCAAUCCUCAAGCUACUCGGCCAAGAAGAAGAGAUCGCCAACUUAGCCGGAAGAUUCACCGUGCAGACAAUCCCACAGCUGUUCUCCCUCGCCAUAACUUUCCCGACCCAGAAGUUCCUCCAGGCCCAGAGCAAGGUCAGCGCUCUGGCCUGGAUCGCCCUCGCGGCCCUGAUCGUGCAGGUCCCAUUGCUCUGGCUCCUCAUCUUUGGGCUGGGCUGGGGCACGACGGGUGCCGCCGUGGCCUACAACGUGACCAGCUGGGGAAUCGCCGUAGCCCAAGUCGUUUAUGUGGUCCGCUGGUGCGACGAAGGAUGGACUGGGCUUUCGUGGGCCGCGUUCAGGGACAUGUGGAGCUUCGUCAGGCUCUCCAUCGCCUCUGCUGUCAUGCUCUGCCUCGAGGUUUGGUACUUUAUGAGCAUCAACGUUCUUACUGGCCAUCUCGACAACGCUGUCAUUGCCGUUGGCUCGCUUUCUAUAUGUAUGAAUAUCAAUGGCUGGGAAGCAAUGCUGUUCAUUGGUAUCAAUAUAGCUAUAAGUGUUCGUGUCUCUAAUGAGCUCGGAGCAGGACGGCCUAGAGCAGCGAAAUACGCGGUCUACAUCGUUGUCUUCCAGUCCUUCCUAAUCGGGUUGCUAUCCAUGGUAGUUGUGCUUGUAUCGAAGGACUACUUUGCCAUAAUUUUCACCAACAGCCAGGAGAUGCAAAGAGCUGUGUCUAAGCUAGCAUUCCUGCUAGGCAUCACCAUGGUUCUCAACAGUGUUCAGCCUGUCAUCUCAGGUGUGGCUAUUGGUGCUGGGUGGCAAGGUCUGGUGGCCUACAUCAACAUAUUCUGCUACUAUGUAUUUGGGGUGCCUCUAGGGUUUCUGCUGGGUUACAAGCUUAACUUGGGUGUCACGGGGAUUUGGGGAGGAAUGAUAGCAGGGACGGCAUUGCAAACUCUGAUUCUCUUAUUCAUCCUCUACAGAACAAACUGGAACAAAGAGGUGGAGCAAACAACAGAGAGAAUGAAGAAGUGGGGUGGGCAGGAAACCCGCGGUGGUGAUCGUAUCACUGGAGCUGUGUGAAGAUGAUGAGUUCAGGGAAAAAGACACUGAAUGUGGAAUGAUGAACUAGAAAAAGACUGAUCACUCCACUGCAGCAUGAAAGCCAGAUUUUGAUUUUUCAUCUAGAGUUUCCCUCUUUCUUUUUUUUUUUUUUUUUUUUUUUUGUUGCAGCUUGGAACUGUUACCUUCGAUGUUUAGAUGCAUAGGGGAACAGUCUAGUGAGUAGUCGCCAAUUGUUUGUUUUUGUGGAAGGAGUGAGCAGCGAACAGCUAGUCUUAGUCUUAAACCACGUAUUUUUCAUCGAUAGGUGUAAUAAGCGCUGCCAAAUUAUUGGCCACUGAUGUCAGGAUGGCCGAGUGGUCUAAGGCGCCAGACUCAAGUUCUGGUCUUCGAGAGAGGGCGUGGGUUCAAAUCCCACUUCUGACAAAUUUUUAUUGCUUUUUUCAAAAUCACUUUAAUGGCAUGAGUCGCCUUUUAUAUUCUGUAGGCUUUGUUCAGGUCAACAUAUAUACUCUCUUACCAUGUACUUGGGUGGCUUUGAAGGUUUGCUAAGCUACACUUUUAAUUUGAGAAUCAUAGAGUCAUGAACUAGUGUCUUUUGAGAAGCAACAAAAUCAGUUC